AUGAAUACAAAGCCAUGCACUUGUUUUGUAGCAGAAGCACUAGGCUCAGUUCGCGUGGAUCCCCUCAUAGGAAGCGAUUUAUGUCUUUUGAUCCAGCAAUUUAGUUUAGCAAUAAGCAAAACAUGCUUUGAUGAUGCUCGAUUGCUUAUCGAAUCGUUUCGGACUACUCGGUCUCCAGUAUCAUCAAACGCUGAGGACCAUUUUUGCCAUUUACUUCUUAGCUCGUGCCUUCAGAUUGUGAAGGCUGAGAGUACAUACUACUCCUUGAACUUCAUGGUGCCAAAAGCAUUUUUCCGACGAGAAAGCACGCUGUCAUCAGUUUAUUCUCAAAUAAAGGGAGAAUUGUGUCAAAUGGAUAACAAAAUUGUAAAUAGCGAGCAUUCAGUCGCAGAAGACAUCAGACGACGUUUAAUUGAUUUCACCAGUGCAAGAGUUGCACUAAUUAAUGUCUACAAUUCGUUUCAAGUUGAAAAUUUUGGUUUUGCAUGUGAAUUAAUAGCACUGUUAGCAGUUCUAAUGUCGGUUGAAGACUUGGUGAUGCCCUUAUCCAGUCAUGAAUCUUUUUCAUCUUUAUUCACUUCACUUUCAAAUGAAGUAACCGUGAUUAAAUUGCUGUUGGAAACACAGUUAGCUCUUAUACAGUGUAAUUUUCUGCAAUCACUGAUCAAACUAAAAAGUGCUCAUGCAAGAAUUUCUUUCUGGUUCAAAUCCAUUGGUUACAAACGAACAGAAAUGAAGAGAGCAACCUCAUUUUUUCCUUUCGGAUCGCAAACUCAGCAUUGUACACUGAAACUAUGUGAUUGGAUUAAGGAAUUUUACAUGCUACUAUUAGCGAAGUUUUCUCUCUACUUUCAUGACUCUUUGCAAAUAUAUUGUUCGACUGUUGAUUUCGAGCACACUAUUAAUGCUGUCAAAUCGCCAAAUUUUAAUGCAGGAUUUUCCACUUUUCAACGAAGAAUGGAACCGUUAAUGAUUCUUCUAAUUGCUGAUCGCACUAAUGCGCCAGAUUUGCCGCAUCAGAUUGGUUAUCAUUCUUCAGCUGAAUCAAGUGACGUAGAAGGUGAAUUACGAAAAAAUUUUUUAACACUCUUAAGAAUUGGGGGAAGUGCAAAUGAUGUAUUCAAGUUACUUCCGUCCAUUUCUAAUCUUGUAUCUGAAGCAGCUGCUAGGAAAUGUGGAGAUCGUAUUGUAUACUGUUACGAUCAGCUGAUAUCUAAGACUUUUUUCGUUUCACUGGUGGAAUAUCAUAUAUAUAUGACGGUAAUUUUCAAUAAACGGGUUAGCGAGCGUGAUAAUAUGGUGGUGAAUUUCAUACAGAGAAGUUGUAACCAACUUCGGUGUGCAAAAAUUUGCCAGAGCCUGCGAAAGUUCUGUAAGUAA